UCAUCAUUUCCCCAUUCACUGGGAACGUUUUCAAAAUGAAAGUCUACAUCUUCCUAGUGCUGAUUUCUCUGACUGCGCUCUGCCAGGCGGCGGGCCGUGGGCCUAGCCAUAGUGUCACAUGGGGCUCACGCUCCUUCCGGGACAUGCAUCUUCGGCGUGAGAUCGUCACGCAAAAGUCCUCGCUUUGGCGCGUUGUCACAAGCGAUUAUGUCUUCAAUCAGAAUCAGAAACUGGCACGAACCAUUACCCAAAUCGUGAUCACCGACCAGGUGCGCGAUGGGCAGGGCGGCUAUGCCUAUUUGACGGCAGGUGGCCCACAGUCCACCUACGCGAAGAUCCACUUCAAGAGUCAGCGGAACAAGGGCUUCAGCUUCAUCGUGGAUAUCUAUGGCCUUUAAUCCGGCAUUGAGCGCUUACUCUUAAUUAUACACGUAUCGUAGCUGCACUCUCAUUGUUUUGACUGUUUGUUUAUGGCCUGUGAAUAUUUACCCAAUAUUUAUACUGCACUGCCGAUGGGUUUGUUUAGACAGUUGCUGCAUGCAUAUGCAUUCGUAGGACUCGUAUUUCAUGUCGGUUUAUCCUACAUUUAUUAUGUGCAUACAACAUUUGAAUAUACAAUUUACAAGAGUCAAA